AUGGUUGGUGUGCCUGGUAGAUCCAAGGCAUGCGUCACAUGUCGAAGGCGGAAGAAGGGUUGCGAUAAGAAAGUACCCUUUUGCGGUCAAUGUCUUGCCAUGGGCAUCCCAUGCGAAGGAUAUGAGCGUCAGCAAAUAUGGCUCAACAGCGAAGGAUCCACGCAAAAGUCAUACUCCAAAUCUCCAUCACGAAGCCCAUCUUCAUCACCUGCAAACUCACCUUCUGGCGUGGUGGUUAUACUUCACGACUCGCUUGCAAGAACAGCCAGGUCCCAGAAGUUUACUGGCCUGUUUUGGUCAGACUAUCUCUCUGGUGGAAGUGGAUUCUCGCUCAAAGCCUCUGGUAUAACCAGCACUAAAUGGAUGGCACUCUACGAGACCCUGAGUGAAGCUGAAGCUAGUCUUCAGUACGUUGCUAUGGCUUUGAGUACAGCGACGCUUGGCGCCAACAAUAAUGAUACCCAGCUCAUGAACAAGAGUCAACAGGCAUACGGCCUGGCAAUGCAACAGAUGGCCCUAUCAUUUGUGUCUCCAUCACGGAACAAGGAUGGUAUUCUCGCAGCUAUUCAGCUUAUGCGAGUGUAUGAGCAAUUGUUCGGCACUGGCAUUUCUGCAGCUCAAAAGAACUCGCCUGUGUCACAGAUCAAGGGUUUCAGAAAACAUAUCGAUGGGGAGACUGCUUUGAUAUUGAGUUGCGGGCCCGAGGAUUCCUGGUCCUCCAUGGGACGACAGCUGCUGGCUGAUGGACGUCUAACUUUAAUCAACGCGUACAUAUCACGGCGGAAAAGGUCACCGUACAACAAGGGCUGGAAGCAAUCACAACUCUGGCGCUUAGUCACAAACUCACCUCUCAACCAACUCAUCAACAUCUUAGUAGAAGUCCCAGCGCUUCUUGAAGAUCUGGAUAUUCUUCGCGAUGCUCCAAGCCAAGAGCUGUACAACUCAAUAUUGUUAAGAUGUCGUUCUUGUGAAGUAGAGAUACUGCCUUUAGGUUUGGAGUUUGGUGAAGCGAUCACGACGUAUGACUAUACAUAUACCAGAGAAUCCUUACCGCUUCCUACAAACGACGAUGAUCUUGCGAUCGUAUACUUGAGCUGCUGUUACUGGAUGACUUGCCUUUUUAUAUACUCCACAAUGGGCUUUUGCGAAGUCGAAUCAAUGGAUCCCUACACGAGAGGGCCGAUCCUGAGUUGCCAGAGCCAACGAAUUGCAAUGUCUUAUGCUUACAAAAUCGCGCACGCCAUACACCUGCUAUUUGAACCGCCAGCAGGGACAUAUAGCUCAGUAGCCGCAUUCUUUCUUCUUGGGACUGCUCUACGAUAUCUGAUCAUGAUAGAGACUCAUGGCGGCCAUAAUAUCACGAGCAAGGAGAGGUUGCUUUUAGUGAAGGUAUUUACUCGACCAUUUCUGGGGAGCUUUGUUGGGAGGUUUUUGCAAAAUUUGCAGGUGGAUGACGGUAUUGAUUAUGGGUAUCCUGCGGACAUCCUCUUAGGGAUAAGAGGUAUUGAGUAUAGAGCCAGAGUCUGGUGGUGCGGAAUGAUGCAGGCUGGAUUGCCGGAGUUCACACUAGAAGAUCCUUGCUAUCCGUCAAAAUGA